UCUUUUUCCCGUAGAUGGUGGAAACGUUGUACAACAAUGGUGCCAACUCGAUCUGGGAACAUUCGCUCCUCGACCCUGCAUCCGUCAUGAUCGGACGCCGCAAGGCCAGCCCCCAGGACAAAGUCCACCCCAACAAGGUGGAGUUUAUCCGCGCCAAAUACCAGAUGCUGGCCUUUGUCCAUCGCCUUCCGUGCCGCGACGACGACAGCGUGACCGCCAAGGACCUCAGUAAGCAACUCCAUUCCAGCGUCCGGACGGGAAACCUGGAGACAUGUCUGCGGCUCCUCUCCCUCGGGGCGCAAGCGAAUUUCUUCCACCCAGAAAAAGGGAACACACCGCUCCAUGUCGCCGCAAGGACAGGGCAGGUCUUACAAGCCGAGCUACUGGCGGUUUACGGCGCGGACCCCGGGACGCAAGACGCCAGCGGGAAGACGCCCAUCGACUACGCAAAGUGAGCGGA